AAACGCCUUCAAAAUUUUGUGCUAAAUUGUUACGGCAGAACCCUAGAGAGAACCAAAUUGUUACGCCUUUUGGGCGAUUUGGCGUGCCUUUGGGUUCCGAUUAUUUUUUUAAUACACUUUCCGAUGGCACCCGCCAGAAGGAAAGGCACCAGUAAGGCGGCUGCUUCCGCCUCAGCUCGCCGACAAUGGAAAGUCGGCGAUCUUGUCCUUGCUAAAGUCAAAGGUUUCCCUGCUUGGCCUGCCACGAUAAGUGAGCCUGAGAAGUGGGGUUAUUUAUCUGAUAGGAAGAAAGUUUUGGUAUACUUUUUUGGAACACAACAAAUAGCGUUCUGUAAUCCUGCUGAUGUUGAAGCAUUUACGGAAGAGAAGAAACAAUCACUUUUGGUCAAACGUCAGAGGAAGGGUGCUGAUUUUGUUCGCGCGGUCCAGGAAAUUAUUGACAGUUAUGAGAAGUCAAAGAAGCAGGACCAGGUUAACAAUUGUAGUUCUGAUGAUAGAGUCUCUCGGGCAAAUUGUGGGAACUCAGUUGACUCAUCUGCACCAAAGGAUCUAACUGACACUUGUGAGGCCACGGCUGAGAUUCUGUUAGAAACUUUGAAUGUUGUUACAAGUCGAAAUGAUCCAAGCCUUGCAACUGAGGUUGCUCAAGCUGAGGCAAAAAUAGAUGGUCUGUGUGAAAUAGAAUCCAUUUCAGAGCAACCUCCUGAUACAGUGUUGGUUAAAGAAACACCAGCACUGACUAUUUACUCGUCAAGAAAAAGAUAUGAAGGUUUGCAAUUUCAAAAAUCCAUUGCACAGAAGAAAGCAGCUCAGGUUCGAAGGGUUAGAAGCUCAUCAAGGAUGGAAUCAUCUAGAUUCCAGAACUUUAUGAAGCUAUCUAAUGAUGUUAGGACUGCUUUUGAUAUAUCAACAAAUGUAAUCCUUGAUGGAUCCCUGAGGAGGAAUAAAAGAUUCAGGAAUUCUGCAGAAGCUUCUGAGAGUGGUGAUGUUGACUCAUCUGUAUUAAUGUCAAAUGGUAGCAGUAGUGAUAACGGCUCGGAAAUUGCCACUGUUGAUUCGGAUGGUGAUAGUUUGAAUGAAGCCAGCACCAUGGAUUCUAGUUGUAAACCUGAACACUCUGAGAAUGUUCUUGAAUGUUUAGAAGGAAAUGUUGAGUUGAGUAAAGGGGUUGAUUUCCAAAUAAAGGCCGUUGUGAAGAAAAGGAAACCGUUUAGAAAGUGGAUGAAUAAUGACCCUGCUGAGCCUCCUGCUAGCAUGGGAAAAGAAGCAAACUUGGAUUUAAGAAUCAAUAAUGCUAGGGAAAAUAUGCAAAAUACAUGUGAAAAUUCUAACAAUAAAUGUCCCAAAGAUGAUGGAGAUGAGCACCUACCGUUGCUGAAAAGAGCAAGAGUUCGCAUGAGCAAAAUGGAAGCUGCUGGUGAGUUCAAUUGUUCUUUAUCAACUGAAGAAAAGCCUGUUAAUGAAGGUGCAGUCAAUUCAUUGGAGCAGACGAGUCCAGUGUCGAGCUGUCACGACGAUUCUCCUAUUGAUAGAGACUCUUUAGAUUUGAAAGGAGCUUUGGUUAAUGUAUCACCUUCAAAAGAUGACAUUCAAGUUCAAGGAAGCAGACCAGAACAUUCAGAACCUUUGAAAAUUGAGAGAAAUCAAUUAGGCUGCUUGGCUGGUGGGGAAGCUGUCUUGCCUCCUUCUAAACGUCUCCACCGUGCUUUGGAAGCUAUGUCGGCUAAUGCUGCUGAAGAUCAGACAUGUGCCGAACACACACAAAAACUGGAAACACCAGAUGGUCUAUGCCAUGGUUCUCCAAUAAGGAGUGAUUCUCAUAUAAAUGUUAAGAACAAAGAAGCCAGAGGGUUGGAGCAAGGUGGCAUGGAUUUGAUUGUGAAUAAUGAUUCUGGGAUCUUUUCCAUGCCAAAUUCAAUGUCUUUGGAGAAAUUAGCCAAAUCUUCUUUGGAAUCAGAUAUUUGCAAUCAACCAGCGGAUAGUCCUAACAGCCCAAAGCAUGAACUCAAUAAGGAUGUCUUAGUUCAGUCCAUGAACCAUGUUAGUCAAGAUACUCGUGAAGGUCAAAGUUUAGAAUACUUAUCACCUAUUCCUGGCAAAAGCCAGUCUCCCAAUAGUUCUUCAGAUCAGCAGUUGCUUUCAAAGAGUGAUUCUGAUGUUGAACCUGUUGGCUUAAGCAGUUUUAGUGCUGAAAAUCCUAAUGAACAGUUGAAUACAUCAGAACAUACUCAUAUGAGUUUGGAUCCUAACUCAGUGACUGGGAAAACUUGCAAAAUUUCACCCCAAGAUGGUUCAAAUGUGUUUCAGUGUGCUGCCCAGCAUACCGGUCAUGAGAAAAUCGAGUCAUUGAAGUCUCAAACUGAUGGCAACAGCAUAGUCCAUAGCAUUUGUGAGGUUCCGGAAGCAUUUCAAAUGGACCCAAGGCGAAUGACAACUAGUUUGGUUUGCAAUGACAACUCAGACAAGGAUGUUGUAGGUGUCCGGUUAAGUUCAUCUUCAGUUGAUGAAGUAGAUUUUCUUGCUAGAGUCUCUCCUUCCAAUGCUUCAAAUUUUCACGUUUCCACUUCCGAGAGUGCUAAUAUAAUUCAAAGCAAUGGGUACUGUAGUCCAAUUGUUCAGUCCAGAUCCAACAAAUCUCUAUCUGUUUUGAUUGCUGACGAUGAAGGUAAAGCUGACUCUGUGGUUUCUGAAAGACCCAAAUCUGUCAGUAAGUGCAGUAAUUACACUGAAACACAUGCUGCUUUGUCAUCCUUUGAAAAUAUACUUGCGGUAUUAACGAGGACAAAAGAGAGCAUUGCUCGUGCAACACGCAUAGCUAUUGAUUGUGCAAAUUUUGGUGUGUCUGCUAAGGUUGUGGAAAUCAUUGCUCAAAAUUUGGAAAGUGAGUCAAGUUUGCACAGAAGGGUGGACUUGUUCUUUCUCGUGGAUUCUAUUACUCAAUGCUCCAGGGGUUUGAAAGGUGAUGGUGGUGGUGUCUACCUUUCAGCUAUUCAAGCGGCAUUGCCUCGUCUACUCUCUUUUGCAGCUCCGCCUGGACCUAGUGCACAUGAAAACCGUCGGCAGUGCUUAAAGGUUUUGAGACUUUGGCUGGAGAGAAAAAUCCUUCCAGAAUCUGUUGUACGCCACCAUAUAAGAGAACUUGAUUCGUUUAGUGUUUCCUCUUCUGGCGGGCCCUUUUCUCGGCGUACCGCUAGAACAGAGAGACCAUUCGAUGAUCCUGUCAGAGACAUGGAGGGUAUGCUUGUGGAUGAGUAUGGAAGUAAUUCUAGCUUUCAGCUUCCUGGAUUUUGUAUGCCCCGAAUACUGAAGGAUGAGGAUGAGGGAAGUGAUUCUGAUGGAGGUAGUUUUGAGGCGGUCACUCCAGAGCAUGAUUCUCGAAUCCCUGAAGAACUAGAGGCAAACCCUUCAAUUGAAAAGCGCAGACAUAUUUUGGAAGAUGUUGAUGGUGAACUUGAGAUGGAGGAUGUUGCCCCCUCUGAGAUUGAAAUGAGUUCAGCCACUGCUGCUACUGGUUUCAAUGCUGCACAAGCUUCAGGAAAGCAGGGUGAUCAGCAUUUUUCUUUGCCAUUUGCCCCCCCUUUACCUCAUGAUGUGCCUCCAUCAUCACCCCCACCCCUGCCUCCAGCGCCACCUCCCAACCCUCCUGGCCCUAUUUCUGAUCACUAUGGAAAUGUUGUUAUUUCAACAAAUCAUACAAGCAUACAUAACAGUCAAGAUGAUUUGCGAUCUACAGUUCCCUCAUCAGUUGCACCCAGAAUUAAUCCAGCUCUAUGCACCUCUCCAGUUCCUUAUCAUGGUCAUGAGUCGAGAGAUCUUCCGGUCCCUAUGCAGUUUUCUGAGUUUAAUACCUCUUUCAACAGUUACUCUGUGCAUCCUAUGAAUAAUAUUCAACAAACUGAUGGUCCGAACUUCCAUCACAAUGACUACCCACCGCCACCCCCUCAUCCUCUGCCCUCAAAUCAGUUCUCAUAUGGUAAUUCAGGCCCGCAUAUGAACCCGAUGAGGGAUGCCCCACCUCCUCCCUAUUCCAACAGAUACUAUUCACCUAACAUGGAAGGGGGUAACUAUUAUAAUAGCCAUGAGAGAAUGCAGCCGCCCUCAAAUGAGCCAAGAGACAACUGGAGGUUUCCUCAGCCACCUUUCUGUGGUCCGCAUUAUGCUGAUAAUCCGGAAGCACCAUAUGGCUACGGUUCAUAUGGCGGGCCCCUGUGUGAGCCAACAAGGUAUCCAAACCAUGGGUGGGGCUUCCAUCCCCCUUCAAUGAAUCACAGAAACUCCUUUCCAGUCAGACAUCAUCCAGAAGGUGUAGUCCCUGUUGGAUCAAGAGAUAGAUACCCUGCAUUAGGGCAGGUUCUCAGUAACCUUUUUGUGUUUCAGCUCCAUGCUGGCGGCCAAGAUGAUGCCAAAUAUACAGAGAGAGCUGCUUUAAUAUGGCAGGAUGCUGAAAAGAGUUGCCUUUUUUUUGGAGGAUAUAUAUUGUUUGCAAAGGAAGGAAGUGUUUGCCCCAGCCUGGAAGACCCACCUAAUCACUUCAAGCCAAAACGGCUACAAAACGCAAAGCAGUCCACAAAAACAAAAACCCGAAGUUGGAAAAUAUCUGGGAAGCAAAAAAUUGGAGCUUCUGAGUCAGUUCCUCAGAAAUCAAUCCAUGAAUUUACAGUCAAGGAUUACAGAAAUCAGGACGUUGACCUUAGCACGUUCAAAGGAAAAGUUCUCCUUGUGGUUAAUGUUGCCUCUAAAUGUGGGCUUACAGAUUCAAAUUACACCCAGCUGACUGAUCUUUACAACAAAUACAAGGACCAAGGACUGGAGAUCCUGGCAUUCCCAUGCAAUCAGUUUCUGAAUCAGGAACCUGGAAGCAGCCAAGAGGCACAGGAGUUUGCCUGUACAAGAUACAAGACUGAAUACCCCAUUUCCCAAAAGGUUUACGUCAAUGGUCCGAAGACAGAGCCUGUGUACAAGUUCUUAAAAUCAAACACAUCUGGGUUUUUGGGAACGAGGAUAAAGUGGAACUUCACAAAGUUCUUAGUUGAUAAGGAUGGCAAUGUCCUUGCUCGCUAUGGCCCCAACACCACGCCAUUGGCCUUUGAGGCUGACAUCAAGAAAGCUAUGAAAAUAGGAAUAUAUUUUCUUGCCGAUACCUGAAAGUUAUGAAAAAGAGUGGGACAUGGGAAUCAGAGGAAUGAUAAUAGGAAUAUAUAGAUGCAAGUGUUGGCUUCAUUCCCACGAUAAUGUAUGCUUCUGUUUUAGCUUAUUGACUAUUGUUUUUCAUUCUCUCUGUGUUGGAAACAACACGUACCAUGGCAUCCACUACCAUUUGCUAUUGACACACUUCCUUUGCUGCA